AUGUUCGGACCGCCGAUGGUUGAAGAAACAAUGGAGAAGCUUCAAACAAUCCGAGCAAACAUGAAGAAGGCACAAGAUCGACAGAAGAAGUAUGCCGAUCAAAACCGGCGAGAGAUAGUCUUUACCAUUGGAGACUGGGUAUACCUCAAAGUGUCCGCUCAAAAGGGUAGAGAUUGUUUUGGGAAGAUCGGGAAGCUAGCAGUACGAUUCAUAGGUCCAUAUCAAGUCAUUGGGCGAGUUGGAGAGGUGGCCUAUCGCCUAGACCUACCGGCGGACAUGAAUCUACAUCCAGUGUUCCAUGUAUCAAUGCUACGGAAGCAUAUACGUGACCCCAGUGCCAUUGAACCUGAAAGGGUAGAAGGAUUGCAGCCAAACCUUACUUACCCAGAAGGUCCAAUCAGACUUGGAGAUCGCCGAGUUCGUAAGCUGAAGAACCGCGAGAUUCCACAGAUUCAAGUAUUCUGGGGAAGACAAAACCGGCAAGUUAUCACCUGGGAAGAUGAAGAGAACUUCCGGAAGAACUACCCCGAGUUCUAUGCAGCACACAGCUCUAUGGAACAAGGAGAGGCAUCAUAG